UGACAGACGUGUUGUGAUGGAGACACCUGAGUCCGGUCCAGCAGAUGGAGAGGAGCGGAUGCUGGAGCUGAGACCCAGGACCCGGUCCAAUCCGGAGGGUGCGGAGGACCGGAGGAGCAGUACCGGCAGCCUGAACAACAGCCUGGCGUCCCCGCCGCAGCCAGCCGUGGGCAACCGUGUGGAGGGAGAGGGAGAGGCGGCCAGCUCCGACAGCCCUCCGAAUUCUUCAUCUGUUACUACUGCAGGAAACUCCACCAGCAGCAUCCCUGCGAUGACUUCCUCAGUGAAGGAAAGACCCAAACCUCCUCAGAUGGCCAUCGGUGCUCAGAUCCCCCCAUCAGCCGAGUUACACCUGCGGGCGCCACGAGUCAACUGCCCCGAGAAACUGAUCAUCUGUUUGGAUCUUUCUGAGGAGAUGUCUCUAAAGAAACUGGAGUCAUUUAAUGGGUCCGCCUUGAACGCCUUGAAUAUUUCACAGAAAAUGAUCGAGAUGUUUGUGAGAACCAAGCACAAGAUUGACAAAAGGCAUGAGUUUGCUCUGGUGGUGGUGAAUGAUGAUGCCAUGUGGUUAUCAGGAUUCACGUCUGACCCGCGAGAGCUCUGCAGCUGUCGACUGUACGACCUGGAGACCAACGUCUGCGAGUCCUUCAAUCUGGAAGAUCUCCUCAAUGUCAUUUUGCAGAAAAUUGAGCUUCCUCAAAUGGAGAAGAUUCAGACCAUCCCGCCUCCUUUCGUAGUCCGGACUCUUCUCGUCUUCAGCCGGCAUGCUGGGAUGCUUCAGUUCAACCCCUCUGAUGCUGCCAAAAAAAUGCUGCAGUCUCCCUAUUUCUUCUUUGAUGUAGUUUAUCUUCAUAACGGCUCUGAAGAACAAACAGAAGACACUAGCUGGAAGGACGUGUACGCCUCCUUCAGUGAGCUGGACUCUAAGGGAAUGUGUUAUCGCUUCGAGGUGUCACUGUGUGGUCCUGCUAUCGAGCUGCACAACUGCAUGGCCAAGCUGCUGUGCCACCCGCUGCAGAGACCCUUCCAGAGCCACGCGUCCUACAGUCUGAUGGAGGAGGACGACGACGACGACGCGCCGGAGAACGAAGCCACGGUGUGA